AUGACGACUCUUGCUGAUGUGGAAAAGCCUCCUGGGCCCUUUCCGUACCCUAUUGUUGGAAACACCUUUCAGUUGCCUGACAACAAGCCGUGGAUUUACUUUGAGGAACUGUCGAAGAAAUUCAACUCUCCGCUGAUAACAUACUGGAUUGGGCGAAACCCCACCGUAUGGAUCAACGAUGCGUGGGCAGCGAACGAGCUGCUUGAGAAAAGAGCCGGAAUAUACUGCUCGCGGCCACGCAUGUUGGUCUUCGCGGAACUGGGCUCUGGCCAGAACAACCUCGUUAACCUGAUCACUACAACUCCGGCUCAACGCGAGCGGUUUCGAACUUUGCGCAAGCUGACACAUCAAGGCGUCGGUAUCCAGCAGGUGAAGAAAUACCGCGGCUUCCAGAACGACGAAAGCAAGGUUGUUGCUCUUGACCUGCUUCGUGCGCCUGAGCAAUACGUCGCGCACUUUGAGAGAUACGCAACCAGCGUGGUGUCCAUUAUUGGUUUUGGAAGACGCGUUGCAAGUUCAGAUGACCCCAUCAUCACCGAAGUCGUUGCAUUGAUGCAUCGUGCGGCUGAUCUCAAUGUACCUGGCAAGACGUUUCCAAUGUUGAUGGAGACAUUCCCCGCACUAGCCCGCGUGCCGACCGAAUAUGCGCCUUGGAAACACGGAAUGGGGUCCAAGAAAAAGUCGCAUCGCGGCCACGAUUUCUUCUAUUCGCUCGCAAGUGAAGCUAAUGAAAAGCCCGGGCAUGAUGAUUGCUAUGCCAAGAUGCUGUUCAGAGAACAAGAAAAAUAUGGACUGAGGAAAGAAGAAAUAUCCUCGUUGGCUGGAAAUCUGUUUGGUGCUGGAUCUGAUACUUCGAGCAGCACACUCAUCACAGCUGUGCUUGCGAUGCGCGCAUUUCCAGAAACUCUCAAUGCGGCCUGGGAAGAGUUGGAUCGUGUUGUCGGACCCGAUCGAAGCCCUUCGUUCGAAGACGACGCAAACCUACCUUAUAUUCGUGCCUUUGUCAAGGAGGUGUUUCGUUGGCGUUCAGUAGCCAUCAUCGGUGGCCAGCCUCAUGCCCCAGUCCAAGACGACUACUACAAUGGCUACCUCAUCCCACAGUCGACAUGGGUGCAAGGCAACGUAUGGGCGAUACACCACAACGAACGCGAAUUCCCAGAUCCCGAUCGUUUUAACCCAAAUCGAUUCCUGAAAGACCAUCCCGAGUCGCGGCCUUUCCCCGGAGAGCGUGGCUAUAUGACUUUUGGCUGGGGACGACGAGUAUGUUCGGGUCAGGCACUUGCGGAGCAAGGGACAUGGUUGACAGUCGCACGACUGAUUUGGGGCUUCAAGAUCGAGCCAGCGCUGGACGAGCAUGGGAAGCCCAUUCCUGUUGACAUUUUCAACUAUACCAACGGUUUGAAUAUGCGCCCGCAGGUCUUCAAAGUAAGCAUCAAGCCACGAAGCGAAAGGAUCCGUCAAGCCAUCGUACGCGAAGGCGAGCAAGCGCUGGCCGACCUUGGGCCGUAUGAAGGUGAGACAAAGUACCGCAUGAGUACUUUUUACAGGAAGUGA